CUCAGAGAGUGCAGCUUCCUGGGUCUCUCGCUGCCAAAGACAACAACGAAAAAAAAGUGAUAAGUUUAGCAUAAACAGAUAACAAAAGCUACUCCUGACGCUGUUCCUGUUGUUGCUGAUGAUGUUUCCAAUGGAUAUAACUCUGCCAGACCCUGGAUGGAUUGAAAUAACACAUUUGGAGUAGCUGUUUGAUCAACAAUGAUCAGAACAGGCGCUGAUGUCUAAUGUUUUAUCUCUUCAUCAUAAGUACUACAAAGUGAACUGCCUCAGAGGAGUUUUAUCUGUGGUGGUGCUGAUUGGAUAAGUUGAAGUGGGGCUAUUAUGCACCAACUUGAGGGGACAAAAUGCAGCUUCUUGUUGUGCCUGGGGAUGAGUAUUAUUAUUUGUUCAGUAAUUUACUUGAGGGCUAGGAUAACAACAACAGAGCCAGCAGAGCCCAAGCCCCUAGAGCCUUCAAGUUGCAGACCCUUUUCCACUGAAUGUAAAGGUUUUCUGCCUGGCACUGAUAAAGGAGUAGAAUGGUACCGCCGUGACUGCCAGGUGGACAGCUAUAUUCUCAAUAGUCAUCUUCAGUGUUCCGAUUUGACCCAAAACCUACACUUCAUCACAAGACCUCUGAGCCCCGAGGAGGAAGAAUACCCUUUAGCCUUCAUUGUGACCGUUCACAAAGAGCUGGAGCUUUUUGUGCGAUUGCUGCGGGCCAUUUACAUGCCGCAAAAUGUCUACUGUAUUCAUGUGGAUGCUAAGGCUCCAUGGGAGUACCAGAUGGCCGUACAGAAGCUAGUAAGCUGCUUCCAAAACACCUUCCUCUCCAGCCACAGCGAGACAGUGACCUACGCUGGCUUUUCCCGCCUGAAAGCAGAUUUGAACUGCAUGAAGGAUCUCGCAAAGUCCAAGAUAGGCUGGAGGAAGGUGGUGAAUCUGUGUGGACAGGAUUUCCCUGUCAAGAGCAACCUGGAACUGGUGCAGUACAUGCAGAGCAAAGAGUGGAGGGACAGAAACAUGACGCCUGGGGUCAAGCAGCCGGUGUCCAUGAGGCACAGGACACGGCUCCAGCACAAGGAGAUCAUGGGGUCACGCGUAGCUCUGAAAGGGUUGGGGCUGAAGAAAGGUCCUCCUCCACACAAUCUGCAAGUUUAUUUUGGAACAGCUUACUAUGCUCUCACUAGGGCCUUUGUAGACUUUGUUCUGAAAAGCCCGAUAGCCCACGACCUCUUGGAGUGGUCCAAGGACACAUUCAGUCCAGACGAGCACUACUGGGUGACACUCAACCACGUCAAAGAAGCUCCAGGCAGCCACAUAGAUGGAGGUUGGGCUGGAGACAUUCGGGCAAUCAAGUGGAGGGAUCAAGAAGGAAGGACACACAGUGGCUGCAAAGGGCAUUAUGUACGAGACAUCUGUAUCUAUGGAUUUGAAGACCUGCCUUGGAUCAUUAACAGGAACAGCAUGUUUGCCAAUAAGUUUGAGAGAAACACCUUUCCCGAGGCCCUGGACUGUCUGGAGCAGUGGCACAGAAACAAGGUGCUGAGUCAGGCAACUGUUCCCAUAGACCCAUCAUGGCUGCUAGCUAUACAGAGCAACUCAAGCAGCAGCAGCUACUUUAACAGCAGUGCUGAAGCAUGAAAUCGCUGUUGAUAUCUUUAACAAAAGUCGGGUUACAUGCAGUUCAUACUAUUUGCACUUGUUCAGUGACUCUGAAUGUCAAAGAUGUGAGCAGGAAAAAAACUGAACUGAGAACAAAGGGAUGAUGCACUGUACACUUCCAGUGUCUGUAGCACGACUACUGUUCACAGAUAUAUUUGUCUAUUUAUUUUUUGAUAAUCAUGAGAGUGUAUAAUGCCAGUGUAUUGCCAGAGGAUUAAAAAAAUAUCUUUACAGUAAAGCAAUGCAGUUUAAGCAAAAGUGCAGUGACAACUUUGAGACAACUAGACUACACAUAGUAUUGAAUAAACUACUGAAUAUACAUUUAAUACUGUUUCAUUUGAUUUAAUAUUGAAUAUUGUUUAAUUUAAUAUUGUUGAGUAUGUUGUCCAGUUUGAAACACACUUGUUAAUAAAAUUAUUGUCAGUUCAUCUUUUUUUAAUGAAGGAGUUGCAGGUGUAAACAACUAAACAAAUAAAGACCUCUCUUCCCUCUUUAAAAGACAGCUGAUGUUUCAUUGUAAUUUUCACUUCAUCAUCUACAACUUAUGUCAGAGUGACUGUGGACAUUAGAUCCCCAAAUAAACUGUGAUUUGAUUUUCAUUAAGUGAGAUACUUUCCCUUCAACAGACAUAUCAACAGUGACAGGAAAUAAUCAGCAGUAUUUUUCUUCAAAAGUAAGACUUAAACUGUCAGAAACUCUAUCUUUGCAUCUGAUACCAUGCCACACUGGUAGUGUGUUAUCUACAGUGAUAUGUGCUUAUUUGCAAAGCAAAGCAUUAGCACUAAGAACUCUAUGUGUGAAUCAAACCAUCAUAGCCACUGCCAAACACUAACAGUAAUGGGGAGCAGAUGCAUGGAAGAAUAGAUUAAAAAUCUAUCAGGAAAAUGUAAAAAGAUUCAUAGUUGGCAACCUACUAAUCCAUCAACUGUUGCAAAC